CCCAGACCUCAAAAUUUUCCCAUCCCUAAUUUCACCAUUUCUUCAGUCUUCCCCAGAAACGCCGGCGAAUCUACUAAUCAUCGCCGUCCACUUGAAAAUCCGCAGACUUCACCGGAGUAUGUCAGUUUUAUGCCACAAAAUUCACUAAACGGAGGAUUCGAAGUUAAUUUCAUCUCGCAAGUAAUUGGUCACAAAUGCUGAGUUAGAGACAUAUCCAGAUAACAAAUGGAAAUAGUUGAAUCCAUUUUUGACAUUCCUGUGCAAAGUCCUCCUGGGGAAGAAUUUUCAGCAGCUGAUUUAGAUUGGACCAAGUUUGGAACUAUAGAACGUCAUGAUGAUGUAGCGCUUAUACCUUAUGCCCGAGUUGAUGCAUUUAUUAUUGGAGAAUGCCUGAAUGUAGAAUGCCCAACUCGGUUUCACAUUGAGAGGGGUCGCAAACGAGCAAGAGGCAGUUUACAGGAGUACAAAGAUGACGAAUAUCUGGAGUAUAGGCUGUAUUGGUGUUCUUUUGGACCAGAAAACUAUGGGGAAGGUGGGGGUAUAUUACCUAGUCGCAGAUAUCGGCUCAACACUCGAAACCGUGCUGCUAGACCCCAAUCCAUGAGGGGUUGUACGUGCCAUUUUGUAGUAAAGCGCCUCUAUGCCCGUCCAUCUCUUGCACUUCUCAUAUAUAACAAUAGGCGACAUGUAAACAAGUCUGGUUCUAUCUGUCAUGGCCCACUUGACCGAGAUGCUAUUGGUCCUGGUGCCAAGAAAAUCCCAUAUAUAUGCAAUGAGAUUCAACAGCAGACUAUGUCUAUGAUCUAUCUUGGUAUUCCCGAGGAAAAUGUACUAGAGAAGCACAUAGAGGGCAUUCAGCGCUACUGUGGUUCUAAUGCAAAAGUUAACAGCCUUGCUUCUCAAUAUGUUCACAAACUUGGCCUGAUAAUCAAGCGUUCCACUCAUGAAUUGGAUCUAGACGACCAAGCUAGUGUUAAAUUGUGGGUUGAACGCAACAAAAAAUCUGUUUUCUUUUAUCAGGACACAUCAGAAACAGAUCCUUUCAUUUUGGGGAUCCAAACCGAUUGGCAAUUACAACAAAUGAUUAGGUUUGGGCACCGCAGCAUUGUUGCAGCAGAUUCAACAUUUGGGAUAAAGAAACUGAAGUAUCCCUUGUGCACGCUGCUUGUGUUUGAUUCCCGGAAACAUGCACUUCCAGUUGCAUGGGUAAUUACACGUACUGUAGUUAAAUCAGAUGUGGCUAAAUGGAUGAAAGCUCUAGUUGAUCGAGUUCAUACAGUUGAUUUAGGAUGGAAGGUCAACGCGUUUUUGGUUGAUGACGCAGCAGCAGAGAUUGAUCCAAUAAGGGAGAUUUUUUCUUGCCCUGUCCUAUUUUCGCUGUGGCGUAUUCGCAGAUCGUGGCUGCGGAAUAUUUUGAAGAAAUGCAAUAACAUCGAAGUCCAGCGGGAGAUAUUUAAACGGCUGGGGGAAAUUGUCUACAGCAUUUGGGGUGGAGUUGAUUACAUGGUUCCUUUGGAAAAAUUUACUCAAGAUUUUGUUGAUCAAACUGCCUUCCUAAAUUAUUUCAGAGCUACUUGGCUCCCAAAGAUCGAAAUGUGGCUUACCAGUAUGAGAACUCUUCCGCUAGCAAGCCAGGAGUCCUCUGGUGCAAUUGAAGCAUAUCAUGUGAAGCUGAAAGUUAAACUUUACGAUGAUUCACAUCUUGGUGCAUUUCAGCGAGUUGAUUGGUUGGUGCACAAGUUGACAACGGAGCUGCAUUCUUCCUAUUGGCUUGAUCGAUUUGCAGAUGAGAGUGAUUCAUUUCAAAAUGUGAAAGAGGAGUAUCUUGCUUCUACAUCAUGGCAUCGGGCAUUGCAAAUUCCUGAUACUGCUGUUACCUUGGAUGAUAAAGACCAUCCUUUUGCAAAGGUUUUGAGCCAAAGAGAAAGCACAAGAACACGAAUAGUGUGGAAUCCUGGAUCUGAAUUCUCUCUUUGUGAUUGUGAGUGGUCGAUGCAGGGAAACCUAUGCAAGCAUGCUAUUAAGGUCAACAUGAUCUGUGAGAACCUUCGCUCCUACCAACCAACCUUAUCAUUUCAGUCAUUUCAAGACAUCUUAAUGAACCUACAAGAGAAACCGUUGGAUGAUUCAAUUGCGCUAGAUUUAUCAACAGCCUGGGCGCACCAGAUGCUUGAUCAAAUUCAGAAGCUUGUUGAGCUUAACAGUUCUGGUGACAUUAGUACUGUUGUAAACAACAUGCCCUUGAGAUGGACUACCAAGAAAGGCAGAACGUCAUGUGGCAAGCCAUUGACUACUCUUGCUCUGCCUUCAAGUUCUAAGAAUGAUGCGGCAUCACGUAAAAGGAGUAGGAAAAGGAAAAGAUUGUCACGAAUAAGAUGAUUUUGCAUCAUCUGGUGCUUAAUCACAUUUGAAAUUGCUGAAAGAAAGAGUAGUUUGAUUUAGCAUAUCGAGCUAUCACAGAGGAUACUCAAGUAUCUCGAUCACAUCUUAAUCAAGGAUAGCUUGUUCAAAAGCUCAGCUUAUGACCAGACACCCAUCCUGUACAAAAGUGGUAUCAUUUGUUCCCAAUUACUUAUAUCGCAUUUGCAGCUGAUGUUUCUAUAUUGGUGUACAGAACUAAGUUUGGUCUACCUGCCAUUUUUUGUGAUUCUACCUGCUUUCCUAUUUUGUGGAUGCUGGUUGAUUUGACCAGCAGGUGGAGGGCUGCAUCCUUUUGCAUUUUUUUUAAUGGAUAUUAACUGUGGCAUAGUUCUCGUUUAAGAAAUGCAUCUGAAGAAAUUGUAAAUAUACUUGAUUUUAUUUGCAACAGGUGAAGAUGCCAUCUCUAAUAAUGAGCAUUGUUAACUGAUCGUAGAAAUGGAAACUUCUUCCAACUAGGUGUAUAACUUGUCUAUUUCUAGCAUCCUGUUCUGCGUUCCCUUUGUUGUUGAUUCUUGCUACAGGUUCAUGUAACCUUGUUAAAAGAAUUCUAUUUGACUUGAGUGACAUUACAAUUGGA